AAUCGCCGGCAGCCUAUGACAUCAGCCAGGAACGCCUGGGAUGCCGCUGCUCCCGGCCAACCUCCGAGGAGGAGGAGGGUCCCGCCGGCUAAGAGUUAAUUAGCCCCGCACGGCGAGGGGGGAGGCGCCAGUUUUCUGGGGACACUGACUGCCACUGUACUCCUACCCAGGGGAGCUCACGGAGAGUUGGAUGAAUUCUGGGUUGUUAGCUGCGGUCAGCUGGGCUCCCGGGAGCCUGUUGCUGGUGGAGAACAGGGGGCGCCUGGCCAAGGGACCAGCGGCUUGCUGAGCCUCAACAUGACACUUCUGGGGUCUGAGCAUUCCUUGCUGAUUAGGAGCAAGUUCAGAUCAGUUUUACAGUUAAGACUUCAACAAAGAAGGACCCAGGAACAACUGGCUAACCAAGGCAUAAUACCACCACUGAAACGUCCAACGGAAUUCCAUGAGCAAAGAAAAAAUUUGGAUAGUGACAAGGCUAAAAAUUCCCUGAAGCGGAAAGCCAGAAGCAGGUGCAACAGUGCUGACUUGGUUAAUAUGCACAUACUCCAAGCUUCCACUGCAGAGAGGUCCAUUCCAACUGCUCAGAUGAAGCUGAAAAGAGCCCGACUCGCCGAUGAUCUCAAUGAAAAAAUUGCUCUACGACCAGGGCCGCUGGAACUGGUGGAAAAAAACAUUCUUCCUGUGGAUUCUGCUGUGAAAGAGGCCAUAAAAGGUAACCAGGUGAGUUUCUCCAAAUCCGCGGAUGCUUUUGCCUUUGAAGAGGACAGCAGCAGCGAUGGCCUGUCUCCGGAUCAGACCCGAAGUGAAGACCCCCAAAACUCAGCGGGAUCCCCACCAGAUGCUAAAGCCUCAGAGACCACUUCGACAGGUUCUCUGGGGACAAUCAAGGAUCUUGCUUCUGGCUCAGAAAAUGACAGGAAUGACUCGGCCUCACAGCCCGGCCACCAGUCAGAUGCGGGGAAGCAGGGCCUUGGCCCCCCCAGCACCCCUCUAGCCGUGCACGCUGCUGUAAAGUCCAAGUCCUUGGGUGACAGUAAGAACCGCCACAAAAAGCCCAAGGACCCCAAGCCAAAAGUGAAGAAGCUUAAAUAUCACCAGUACAUUCCCCCAGACCAGAAGGCAGAGAAGUCCCCUCCACCUAUGGACUCCGCCUAUGCUCGGUUGCUCCAGCAACAGCAGCUGUUCCUGCAGCUCCAGAUCCUCAGCCAGCAGCAGCAGCAGCAGCAACACCGAUUCAGCUACCCAGGGAUGCACCAAGCUCAGCUCAAAGAACCAAAUGAACAGAUGGUCAGAAAUCCAAACUCUUCUUCAACACCACUGAGCAAUACCCCCGUGUCCCCUGUCAAAAACAGUUUUUCUGGACAAACGGGUGUCUCUUCUUUCAAACCGGGCCCACUCCCGCCUAACCUGGAUGAUCUGAAGGUCUCUGAAUUAAGACAACAGCUUCGAAUUCGGGGCUUGCCUGUGUCGGGCACCAAAACAGCCCUCAUGGACCGGCUUCGACCCUUCCAGGACUGCUCUGGCAACCCCGUGCCGAACUUUGGGGAUAUCACGACUGUCACUUUUCCUGUCACACCCAACGCGCUGCCCAAUUACCAGUCUUCCUCCACCAGUGCCUUAUCCAACGGCUUCUACCACUUUGGCAGCACCAGCUCCAGCCCCCCGAUCUCCCCAGCCUCCUCUGACCUGUCGGUGGCCGGGUCCCUGCCAGACACCUUCAAUGAUGCCUCCCCCUCCUUUGGCCUGCACCCGUCCCCAGUCCAUGCGUGCACGGAGGAAAGUCUCAUGAGCAGCCUGAAUGGGGGCUCUGUUCCUUCCGAGCUGGAUGGGCUGGACUCCGAGAAGGACAAGAUGCUGGUGGAGAAGCAGAAAGUAAUCAACGAGCUCACCUGGAAACUCCAGCAAGAGCAGAGGCAGGUGGAGGAGCUGAGGAUGCAGCUUCAAAAGCAGAAAAGGAAUAAUUGUGCAGAGAAGAAGCCGCUGCCUUUCUUGGCUGCCUCCAUCAAGCAGGAAGAGACCAUCUCCAGCUGUCCUUUCGCAUCCCAAGUACCUGUGAAAAGACAAAGCAGCAGCUCAGAGUGUCACCCGCCGGCUUGUGAAGCUGUUCAACUCCAGCCCCUUGGAAAUGCUCAUUGUGUGGAGUCCUCAGGUCAAACCAACGUACUGUCUUCCACAUUUCUCAGCCCGCAGUGCUCGCCUCAGCAUUCGCCACUUGGGGCUGUGAAAAGCCCACAGCACAUCAGUUUGCCCCCAUCACCCAACAAUCCUCACUUUCUGCCCUCAUCUUCUGGGGCCCAGGGAGAAGGGCACAGGGUAUCCUCGCCCAUCAGCAGCCAGGUGUGCCCUGCACAGAACUCAGGAGCACACGAUGGCCAUCCUCCAGGCUUUUCUCCCCAUUCUUCCAGCCUCCACCCACCCUUCUCUGGAGCCCAAGCAGAUAGCAGUCAUGGUGCUGGGGGCAACACUUGUCCCAAAAGCCCAUGUGUACAGCAAAAGAUGACUGGUUUACACUCUUCUGAUAAGAUGGGGCCAAAGUUUUCAAUCCCAUCCCCGACUUUUUCUAAGUCAAGUUCAGCAAUUUCAGAGGUAACACAGCCUCCAUCCUAUGAGGAUGCCGUAAAGCAGCAAAUGACUCGGAGUCAGCAGAUGGAUGAACUCCUGGAUGUCCUUAUUGAAAGCGGAGAAAUGCCAGCAGACGCUAGAGAGGAUCAUUCAUGUCUUCAAAAAGUCCCAAAGAUACCCAGAUCUUCCCGAAGCCCAAGUGCUGUCCUUCCCAAACCCUCGGCUUCCUUUGAACAAACCUCUUCAGGCAGCCAGAUCCCAUAUGAUCCCUAUGCCACCGACAGUGAUGAGCAUCUUGAAGUCUUAUUAAAUUCCCAGAGCCCCCUAGGAAAGGUGAGUGAUGUUACCCUUCUAAAAAUUGGGAGCGAAGAGCCUCGUUUUGACGGGAUAAUGGAUGGAUUCCCCGGGAAGGCUGCGGAAGAUCUCUUCAACGCGCAUGAGAUCUUGCCAGGACCCCUCUCUCCGAUGCAGACACAGUUUUCACCCUCUUCUGUGGACAGCAAUGGGCUGCAGUUAAGCUUCACUGAAUCUCCUUGGGAAACCAUGGAGUGGCUGGACCUCACUCCGCCAAGUUCCACACCCAGCUUUGGCUCCCUCGCCACCAGCAGCCCCAGCAUCUUUAAUAUUGAUUUCCUGGAUGUUACUGAUCUCAAUCUGAAUUCUUCCAUGGACCUUCACUUGCAGCAGUGGUAAAAUGCCAGAUACACCAAUGCUACGGAAGACCAAUGGGAAUUCCACGGGGGGAAGCACACAACCAUACCUACGUUAGAAUCCAAAAACAAGAAGAAGAAGGGAAUUAAAAAGAAGCAAUGGAGACUUCUGUGGCAAUCAACAAGAACAAAUAGAAGUCGUUUUUAAAAAUAUGUAUUCCGUAAUAGUUACCAAUAUUCAGUAACUGUGAAUGAUUUCAACAAUGCAUUCAAAAAUGUGCUUUCUCAGAUUAAGGAUGCCAAAAAAUAUAUUUCACUGCCUUUUCAAAGACCAGUAACUUUUCCAGCCCAUAAUUUUUCUCAGGCGUUGUUGGGGCAUAAGCUCACGCUGUAAGCUUUUCUCAUGAAUUCACUAGACCUGACGUGGAAGGAAAAUGAAGUCUUUUGUGAGUACAGGGAAGCCAGACCCUCAAAGGUUAUGGAAGGCAUACCUGCGACAGAAGCUGCUGCCUAGGGUCUCCAUUACCUAUCUUUCAAAAGAGAAGCCAGACUCCGCUUCAGUUCAAAAGUUCUUGAGAUAGAGAGACAAAACCAAUCUAUUUCCAGAGAAGCUGAAUCAACUCAAUGUCCCUCUGCCACAAAACUGCCCACUGGAGCGGUUCUGAACUUAUACCCAGGACUCUGUGUGGUCUCUGAUAACAGUUAACCUGAACUGAGUCCACAGAACUCCAUCCAGAACUUUCUUCUCUUUUAACCAGUGGCCCAAUCAUUCCCACCAUCCCUGUGCUGAUAAGUAUGUGUCCUAGAUGAGAACCCUGAAGAAUGAGGACCUUCUUCCCCUCAAGGAGACGCCACAAGCUCCCCAACACAGCUCCCUUUAGUUCCAAAGAAUGAAGAUGACCAAAUGGGCAGAAAUAUAUCUCUAGGGACAGGGAAAAAGCUGUACCAGAGAAAAUUCAGGCAGUCCUAGACAAUAACAUCAUUUCACAUAUCCUGGGAUAUACACCCUGGGUUCCUACAACAGGACUAUUACUUAUGGAAGUCCACCUCUCCUUUUGCUUUCUUAUCAGUUUCUCUUUCUCCCAUUCCACUUUUCCUACAAGGUACCAGUUAUUUCCUGUUCCUCUUUUGACAUCUUUCUUUUUCUGCCCCAACAUUGGGAGGGAAGGACCUCUCAGUUCUCACAAGCUGCCAUCAUCCUAAGAAAGCCAUUUUUGAAAAAAAUAACAAUCCAGGUUCUCCUGAAGAACUCAUUCUCCAAACACACAGUUUGCUGCAAAAGGAAGUUGCAAGAACUUCUUUAGGAAGAAACUGGUGACUUGGUCCAUCCGUCACAAAGUUCUUUCUAGUCUCAUUUAAUUUUCAAGAAAUUAUUGGUUUGUGUUGCCCUGGGGAAAUUGGAAAUCACAAUAUUGUAAAGAUAAAUAUGGAUGAUAUUUACAGGAGAGAAUUUCAGUUCUGGGUUUUUGAAAGAAUACAGAAUCGCACAUUGAACAUGAUGGAAGGAAAAAGACAGUGGUCCAGUGUGCAUUCCUCAUUACCUCUCGUGGCUUUGGCUGGGAGUUGGAAAAAAACUAAAAUUUCAGGACAGUCUCUGUAAGGCUCACUGUGGCUCCAAUUCACCGGUUUAUAUUGUUGCAUGCUGUAGAAAGGAGCUAAUGCUGUUGUUUUGUUUUUUUAUUUAAAUCACUAAGGCACUGUUUUUAUCUUUUGUAAA